UUUAUGGAAUGAUCGAGGAGAAAUCCCCUAGAUCGGGGAACGAUGGACUCUGAUCGGAUCCGCGAAAAGAAGGCACGCGAUGGGAUGCGUAAAUAUUUACAUCUUUUGAGUGUUUACGGGGGUAAUUUUUAUUUGUAACAAUGACAGACGGAAACAUUUCCAUGGAGGAGGAUACCGAGCUGCGGGACCUGGUGGUGCAAACCCUCGAGAAUAAUGGUGUACUCGCGAAAGUGCGGGCGGAGCUUAGGGCUAGCGUCUUUUUGGCUCUCGAGGAACAGGAGUCCGUGAUGAAUCCUGAGCCACUCCUGAACAAGACAGUAAAGCAGUACCUGGCAAAUUCAGAAGGAAAAUUACUAUUUUCUUUAGUUAGGGAGUUUCUAGAAUAUUUUGGACUUGAUUAUACCAUAUCUGUGUAUGAUCCAGAAACUUAUUCUGGCAAGGAGUACAGUUAUAUGGGAAGAAACAAACUAUGCGAAGAAUUGGGCAUCACUUCAAGUGAACCUUUGCUCGGAGAGAUUCUGAAGAACAGUAUAAAUGGUGCCUUUAAUAAUUCCCAGAAGAAUGGACAGAGCGAUAGUAGGCUCAGUAAGUCUAUUGAGACAUCAACAAACUUUGCUAAUGCCACGUUUGAAGUUACUAUUCCAAAAAUACUACACAAAGAUUCAGUUUCGUUAUCAAAUGACAAUGAUUCCUCUGAAAAAAUCGAAAGCGUAUCAGAAUCCAGUCCAAAGAUUCCAAUAAAUGUGACAAUAACAGAUAAAAAGAAAAGUGAACAAGCAUUGAAUAACGUUUCGACUGAUAAGUCCGCUUGCGAGAUCGAAAAGAAUUCUCUCAGGGAUAAUAAAUUAAAUUUUGAAAAUAUGUCCGCUGCUGACGGAAUUGAUAGUAAAGGGAACAAUAACAUACAUUUCAAUAAACUCCCUGUAAGUCCAAAAGAGAAAAACGCAGUGUCUAAUCAUGCCACGCAAGAGACUGACGUAAAUGUAUUAAACGAGACGAAUUUGUUGAACAAAACUGAACCCUUAAUAAAAUUUGACGAAUCUAUACUCGACCAAGGGCAACUUAAUCAAAAUGAGAAUGCCUCUAAGCAAAACAUAAUGAAUAGUACAGAAAUACAAAACGCUAACAAUGUACAAAACAAGAAACAAAUAAGUUCCGAGAAUAAUUUGAGCAAGACUGUAUACUUCGACGAGAUCAUUAUUGACGGAAAGAAAGAAAAAGUUAGCGCAGUACACAAAACUGAAUUGUUAUUAGGAGAGUUGCCACCGUUAACUCCAAAAACUAAUUCAAUAUUUAGCGACUUGCCACCGCUGAAUGCUAAGAAAACUAAUAUAAAUGAUCUGAAAGAAUUGAUUGAUAUUGGACUUGGUACAGACAGUGUAGAUAACUACGAAGAGGACUUUGUAUCUUCAGCAUCUGGUAGUGCUAAUGAACAGAGUCCUUCGAAAGGACCAGACAAAGCAGAGAGUCCAACAAAGCUCCAAAAUAAAAAGGAAGAUCGAGCUCAGAGUAUUAGGAGCGAAGACAUAAGUGAGGACAUCGAGGAAUUGGAUGAGAUGCUCAGUAGCACCUCUUGCGAUAAUACAACCAAUCCGAUCAACCGGAAGAUUGUUGCUGAUGAGAGAGACAAAAUUGUUAAAAAUUUAUGUGAAAUGUUUUCCAUCGGCGAUUCAAAUUUAUGUAACGUUAACGAUAGAGCUGGAGAAAAAAUAGCGAGUGAUAACGAGGAUGAGUCACUGACGGAUUCAGAUUCGACAAUUUUGGAUGAUCUAUUGUUGGAGUUAAAUGCCCAACAUCGCACUAGAUCAAUAGAUCACAGGCGAGAUAAUAUUAUAAAAUGUCAAAAGUGUGCUAAUCGUAUGAAAACAAUCAAGGAUCAAUCAGGAACCAGCUUUAAUAAUUCACCAACAUCCUUAGAUGAGUACAAAACUGAUCUGAGUUUUAUCCAAGCCAUCGUGUGGCUUAAAUCAGCCAUAACAAUGAUGAAACAAGUUCCAGUGAGGUCAAUUCAAAAGGUUUUAGGGAAACACUGGAGAACUGUUAACAAUCAAGAUUCAAUUGUACAAGAGAACUUUAAGAUUUCUACCAAAAAAAGUGAAUUAAAAAAAGGCCAACAGUUAGAAAAUUUAAUUAAUGAUAAUCGAGACCAACAACCAUAUUCUUAUACUUUUGAUGAUGACGAAAGUGUAGCUUUGGAUGAUGAAAUGUCAUUCCAUACUCAAAAUAGCAUUGACUUUUUGAGUAAUGCUAAACACAAUCUGAUUGUCGCUUCUGAUACAGAAGCUGUUAAAAUUGACUGCGCGAACAACUUGGAGAAUAAUACAGACGACGAGGAGACAAAUUUUCAGUGCAGUCCUGGAAAUGAAGCCAUGAACAGUUUUCUGAAUAUUCAGAAAAAUUGUAUUGGACUUGGAGCUAAUAACAAAUACAUAGAACCUAUGACUAGUCCUGAGAUGAGUUUUGGAGAGGAGUGCAAGGAGAGACAAAUAACAUCAACGGCAAAUGUUGAGGAUAGCGGCUUUCAGACUUUCAACGUAAAUUCCAUUACCCAGAAUAUAGAUUUAAAAAUGUCUGAAUUGUCUGUGGGAUUGAGAAAAGAUCAAGAUUUGUUGUUGUCAUCUAUUCAGUUUGCUGAUAGUGAAAAGUUAGCGACUACUCGGAAAACACAUAGUAAUGCACGUAGACUUUUAAGAAUCGAAAAAGUCAAUAAUUUUCUGACAAUUCAAAAACCCUCGGAGUUUCUUACUGCAUCGACUUCAAAUUCGAAAAUGAUUCCUCAGGCACAAAUCGGAUCAAAGUCAACCGAUUUUCCAAAUAAAGUUAUCAGCGAUACUAGGAACGUUAAUAGAAGAAACACAGUACCAAAUAGUGAGAAAUAUCUUAAGAGGAAGAAGGAUAACCAUUCAAAAUCAAAAAACAGUCCAGCGUUUAAAAAAUCAAAAGGAAUUCAUGAUAAAAUAUCAUCUGUCUCUCUUAAUCAUGUUUUACGGACUUCAAAUACUAAUGACGUGUUGCUACAUUGCACAAAAAAGAUCUUAUGUGUUUUUGAAAAUGAGACUAUUGUAACGACAUAUUCGCGAUAUAGGAAAUGGCAAGAUUCUAUGGAGAAGGAGGCUGUACAGACUAUAGUGAAUUUAGUCGAUCUCCUACAGGAGGAAAGUGGACCGAGUUCCUGUAAAAAUGAAACUGUUCGAAUGAUAAAAAGAAUUUUUGAAAAAAUUCUAAAUAGUCAAAAUAAGAUAACAAUUUCGGAACAUCACAUAUCAAUUAUUUUGGAAUUCUGCAAUUCUUUUGUGAUAUGCCACGAGACUGUGGAUUAUUUAAUUAUGAGAUCAAAAGAUUUGACAGACGUUGUCGCAAGAAGAAUGGACGAAGAUCAAAACCUCAUAGAAACACUGAAUACCCUAGAAAGAUUCUGUCUUCUUUUUCACGGUUUGAAAACAGUCCUUAGAAAAUACAAAAAAAUGGCUCCUGAAUGUCGUAUAACCAAAUCCAGUGCCAGCACUGGAAUACCAGCAGUGACUGAGCUGUGGAAAGAAAGAUGGGGAACCAAUAAAAUUCAACAGAAUACAAGAAACCAGGAUGAAAAUCGAGCAGAAUUUUGGAUGCACAUUUUGGAAAAAUUGGCAGUUGCCAGUGCAGACAAUUAUCCACAAAUUACAGUAUUAGUAUGGCAAUGCAUAUCUAUAUUAAGAUCAGACAGCAAGAUUAAAUUAUAAAUAAGUCUGUAAAUACAUAAUA